CAGAAGCGCUCGGGUUUCGCGUGGCACCUGAGAGGUGCCCUUGCCCCGAGGUCCAUUUGAGGGUGAGGGUGGCGUUGGUGCCGAGCAGUUUUUUUGUUUUGUUUUGUUUUUGAGAUGAAGUCUCGCUCUGUCGCCCUGGCUGGAGUGCAGUGGCUGGAUCUCGGCUCACUGCAACCUCCCUCUCCUGGGCUCAAGCGAUUCUCGUGCCUCAGCCUCCUGAGUAGCUGGGACUGCAAGCACCAGCCACCACGCCUAGCUAAUUUUGGUAUUUUUAGUAGUGACAGGGUUUUGCCAUGUUAGCCAGGCUGGUCUCAAACUCCUGACCUCAGGCGAUCUGCCCGCCUCAGCUUCCCAAAGUGCUGGGAUUACAGGCAUGAGCCACCGUGCCCGGCCAGUGCAUAGCUGUUUUGACAACUCAGACCCGGGGUCCUCCGUGGAUAGGAAGAUCAGCUCCCUUUUGCUCCUCUGGGGCAGCUGCGCCUCGGCCAGCUUCCUGCCUCUCUCCCUGCCAGCACUGCUGGGUCACAGUCCCCACCUGCGCAGCGGGUGCAGCUAGAAGAGGUGUUCAGUUUCCAGAAGAGCCAAAGCAUCUUUGGAUCUAGGUGGGGAAAGACCUGCCUGUGACCUCUGCCCUGUCCUGGAGGGUCCAGCUUUGGGCUGAAUGGCAGCACCCAUGCUGGGCUGUCUGGUGCUGACCCACCUGCUGGUGGCCCUUUUUGGCAUGGGCUCCUGGGCUGCUGUCAACGGGAUCUGGGUGGAGCUGCCUGUGGUGGUAAAAGACCUUCCGGAGGGUUGGAGCCUUCCCUCAUACCUCUGUGUGUGUGUGGCGCUGGGGAACCUGGGUCUGCUGGUGGUGACCCUAUGGAGGCGGCUGGCCCCGGGCAAGGGUGAACGGGUCCCCAUCCAGGUGGUACAGGCACUGAGUGUAGUGGGCACAGCCCUGCUGGCCCUUUUGUGGCACCACGUGGUCCCAGUGGCAGGGCAGCUCCACUCUGUGGCCUUCCUGACACUGGCCUUGGUGUUGGCACUAGCCUGCUGUACCUCUAAUGUCACUUUCCUGCCCUUCCUGAACCACCUGCCACCUCCUUUCUUAAGGUCUUUCUUCCUGGGUCAGGGUCUCAGUGCCCUGCUCCUCUGUGUGCUGGCCCUUGUGCAGGGUGUGGGCCACCUUGAGUGCCCAACAGCCCCCACCAACGGCACCUCUGGGCCUCCCCUCAACUUCCCUGAGCGUUUUCCUGCCAGCACCUUCUUCUGGGCACUGACUACCCUUCUGGUCACUUCUGCUGCUGCCUUCCAGGGUCUCCUGUUGCUUUUGCCAUCACUACCAUCUGUAGCCACAGGGGGCUCAGGGCCUGGACGUCAACUGGGAUCCCUAGGAGCAGAGGAGAAAGAGAAUGAGGAAGAAGAUGAUUUGCCAUUGCAGGAGCCACCAAGCCGGGCAGCAGGCACCAUCCCUGACCCAGACCCUGAAGCCCAUCAGUUGCUCUCAGCCCAUGGUGCCUUCCUGCUGGGCCUGCUGGCCAUCACGAGUGCCCUGACCAAUGGUGUGCUGCCUGCUGUGCAGAGCUUUUCCUGCUUGCCCUAUGGGCGCCUGGCCUACCACCUGGCUGUGGUGCUGGGCAGUGCUGCCAACCCCCUUGCCUGCUUCCUGGCCAUGGGCCUGCUGUGCAGGUCCCUGGCAGGACUGGGUGGUCUUUCUCUGCUGGGCAUGCUCUUUGGGGCCUACCUGAUGGCACUGGCGAUCCUGAGCCCCUGCCCACCCCUGGUGGGCACCACUGCAGGGGUGAUCCUUGUGGUACUGUCGUGGAUGCUGUGUCUGUGUGUGUUCUCAUAUGUGAAGGUAGCUGCAAGCUCCCUGCUGCAUGGUGGGGGCCGGCCAGCAUUGCUGGCAGCUGGUGUGGCCAUCCAGAUGGGCUCCCUGCUUGGUGCCGGCGCCAUGUUCCCUCCCACCAGCAUCUACCAUGUGUUUCAAAGCAGAAAGGACUGUGUAGACCCCUGUGGCCCCUGAGCCUGGGCAGGUGGGGACCCCAUUCCACCCAACCUGUCUGCAUCUUGAGGCUGCUACAGUUCCCGAUUACCUGUGGCCCAGGCAGGCUUCCCCCAACACAGGAAAGCUCAUGGACACCUGCACACUCUGCAGAAGACCUUGGCACUUCAGGCCAGAGUGGGGACCAAAGAGCAGGCCUGGAGCCAGGUUGGGGCUGUGGGCUUGGCCCCAGGGCCAGAGACCUUUGUGGAAUUUGUGCAAUAAAGUGUUUUUAUUAAAAA